AAACUUAACCUUGCAUCGAGCCUCGUGACUUGCAAGUGCGUUGUAUGAACCAUCUGACGUUAUAGGUCAGGUCUUGCCCUCGUGCCAGGUAAUCGGAUGCGUUACUCUUGCCAUUAAACAAUCCGUUGCCGAACAAAGCUAAAAAAACAAAAGCUACUUGGUUUCCGUUUCAAAAUCUGAUGGUGUGCGUUUGGUUUAUUGAGAGGACUCGCCGCGUGGUCGGCAGAGCAGUGGUGAUGGUGUGUUGGUGUAGAUUUGCCAAAUCUAGUAGUGCCAGACUGUUCUGAUAGUUGAGGAUGAUUUUUGUUCUUCUAUUUGUAUCAGAUUUAUAACACUUAACAAAACUUUGUGGAGUUUUUUAGCUGUGUUUUCUUUUAGAAGUUACAUUACCAGUAUGAUCUUAUUUGUAUCAGACAAUAUUUCAGCCACUAUUUUGAAAAAACAGUUUCUGUUUUUUCUGUUCAUGGCUUGUAUUUCAGGCAUGUAAUUCUGUGUACAUUGUGCUGCAGCUGAAUUUAUUUGCUUCUAGUUUUAGCCUCGCUUUGAGAAUUAUUUCUGCUGAGGAACAUAACUUUGCAUCUCAGCUGUUUAAAACUUGGUAUUUGAAGUAAAAGUUCUGUAAGAAACUGUACAAUUUAUUUUAGCUUCUGCAUUUUGUACUGAGUCAGAGCUACAGACUUGUGUGUUCAUGCUGAAACCUGAUAGCUGAUUCAAAGACCUCUCUAUAGUUCAUCUGAGGCUACCGUAGGGUAGAAACUUAAGUUCUCAUAUUUCAGAGCAAGCUGUUUUUAUGAAGAGAUGUCUCUGUAGUGACAACAGUGACUCAAGAUGGGAAGAAAAGGCAGUUAGGGAAGCUUGGAAGGCUUUCUACUCUGGAUUUGGUUCUUUUCAAAAUGAAUAUUGCAUUGUUUCACAAAGAUUGGACCCUCCAGUAGAAUUUCUCAAGAUUAGCACACAAAUCAACAGCUUAUUUUUCUUGAAGACUUUGUGCAGUUCUUAAAUUUUUAAUCACAAUGAAUUCAGGCUUAUGGAGUCAAGAAAAAGCAAGUUCAUCUUACUGGGAAGAGAGGAUCUUUUACUUGCUUCUCCAAGAAUGCAGUGUAAUAGACAAGCAGACUCAGAAGCUCUUGAAGGUCCCCAAAGGUAGCAUCGGGCAGUUUUUUCAAGACCGUUCUUCUGUGGGACAUUCCAGAAAUAUUCCUUGUAAAGGCAAGAAACUGCAGAUUGGAUUAAAGAUUUUAGAACAACCUCAUGCAGUCCUGUUUGUGGAUGAGAAGGAUGUUAUAGAAAUAAAUGAAAAACUAGCUGAGUUGCUUUUGGCCAUUACUAACUGUGAGGAAAGAUAUAGUCUGUUUAAAAGCAAAAGCAGGUUAACUAAAGGCAUCCAGAUAGACAUUGGCUCACCUGUUAGAGUACAGCUGAGAUCAGGAGAGGAGAAAUUUCCUGGAGUUGUUCGCUUCAGAGGACCCUUAUUGCAGGAAAGGUCCCUUACAGGGAUAUACUUUGGAGUCGAGUUGCUGGAAGAAGGUCGGGGUCAGGGCUUUACUGAUGGACAGUACCAAGGCAAGCAGCUUUUCAGAUGCGAUGAGGAUUGUGGGGUUUUUGUUGCUUUGGACAAACUGGAGCUGGUGGAAGAUGAUGACAAUGAACUGGAAAGUGACUAUGCAGCUCCUGUUGACACAAUGCAGGUAGAACUUCCUCCUCUGGAGAUCAACUCCAGGGUUUCUCUGAAGAUAGGAGAGAGUAUAGAGUAUGGGACAGUUAUAUUCUGUGAUGUCUUACCAGGAAACGAAAGUUUAGGAUACGUUGUUGGAGUGGACAUGGAUAAUCCCAUUGGAAACUGGGAUGGAAGAUAUAAUGGAAUACAGCUGUGCAGUUUUGCAAGUGUUGAAAGUACACUUCUUUUGCAUAUCAAUGAUGUUAUUCCAGAGACUGUGUCACAGGACAGGAGACCUCCCAAGGUUGCCUAUACCUCAAGAGGUGGUGGUGACAAAAGCUUGUUCAAUCAUAGUAAGCCAAAGGCUACAGGAUCUACCUCUGAACCUGGAAGUAGAAACAGAUCUGAAGUCUUCUACACAUUAAAUGGCUCAUCAGUUGACUCUCAGCCUCAAACGAAAACAAAACCCCCAUGGUAUAUUGAUGAAGUUGCUGAAGACCCUGCAAAAUCACUUACUGAUUCAUCUCCUGGAUUUGGGCAUUCUUCACCACCACUGCAGCCACCUUUAACAAGCUCUGUGUCUACAGAAAACAGAUUUCACUCCCUCCCUUUUAGCUUGACAAAAACAUCAAGUACUAAUGGUACCAUUGGACAUAGUCCUCUCUCUUUAUCUGUUCAGUCAGUCAUUGGUGAUGUAAAUACUACGGCUAACCAGGAGAGUCCAUCAACAGCUGGCCCAGUUGGGAACUCACAUGGUCUUGAAGCAGGUUCCUUGGCUGAAGUUAAAGAAAAUCCUCCUUUUUAUGGAGUAAUCCGCUGGAUUGGCCAGCCCCCUGGUGUAAAUGAAGUAUUAGCUGGACUGGAACUGGAAGACGAAUGCGCAGGUUGUACGGACGGAACAUUUAAAGGAACUCGAUACUUCACUUGUGCUCCAAAGAAAGCUCUUUUUGUUAAACUGAAGAGCUGCAGGCCAGAUUCCAGGUUUGCCUCACUACAGCCUGUUUCCAACCAGAUAGAACGCUGCAACUCUCUAGCCUUUGGAGGUUACUUAAGUGAAGUGGUAGAAGAAAACACUCCUCCAAAAAUGGAAAAAGAAGGUUUAGAGACAAUGAUUGGAAAGAAGAAAGGUAUCCAGGGUCAUUACAACUCCUGUUACUUAGACUCCACCUUAUUCUGCCUGUUCUCUUUUAGCUCUGUUUUGGACACCGUGUUACUCAGACCUAAAGAAAAGAAUGAUGUAGAGUAUUAUAGUGAGACUCAAGAGCUGUUGCGGACAGAGAUUGUGAAUCCUCUGAGAAUAUAUGGAUAUGUAUGUGCUACAAAAAUAAUGAAACUGAGGAAAAUACUUGAAAAAGUUGAGGCUGCAUCAGGAUUCACUUCAGAGGAAAAAGAUCCGGAAGAGUUUUUGAAUAUUUUAUUUCAUCAUAUUUUAAGAGUUGAGCCACUGUUGAAAAUAAGAUCAGCAGGUCAGAAAGUACAAGACUGUUACUUCUAUCAAAUUUUUAUGGACAAAAAUGAGAAAGUUGGAGUCCCCACGAUUCAGCAGUUGCUAGAGUGGUCAUUCAUCAACAGCAACUUGAAGUUUGCAGAGGCACCUUCUUGCCUGAUUAUCCAGAUGCCUCGGUUUGGAAAAGACUUCAAAAUGUUCAACAAAAUUUUUCCAUCCUUGGAAUUAAAUAUAACAGACUUACUUGAAGACACUCCCAGGCAGUGCCGUAUAUGCGGAGGGCUUGCUAUGUAUGAGUGCAGAGAAUGUUAUGAAGACACUGAUAUUUCUGCUGGGAAAAUCAAGCAGUUCUGCAAAACAUGCAAUACACAAGUUCAUCUUCAUCCCAAGAGACAGAGUCAUAAAUUCAAUCCAUUGUCACUACCUAAAGAUCUGCCAGACUGGGAUUGGCGACAUGGCUGCAUUCCACACCAGAAGAUGGAGUUGUUUGCUGUUCUCUGCAUAGAAACAAGCCACUAUGUAGCUUUUGUGAAAUAUGGGAGGGAUGACUCCGCCUGGCUUUUCUUUGACAGCAUGGCAGAUCGGGAUGGAGGUCAGAAUGGCUUUAACAUUCCACAAGUUACUCCAUGUCCAGAAGUUGGUGAAUACUUGAAGAUGUCUCUAGAAGAAUUACACUCACUGGAUUCCAGAAAAAUCCAAGGUUGUGCACGAAGACUACUUUGUGAUGCUUACAUGUGUAUGUAUCAAAGCCCAACGAUGAGUUUAUACAAAUGAACACUGUCAUCUAGUAAACUGAAGCCACAGCAUAGAGUUCCUGACUGCUGCAUUUGCUGCAUUUUUUUGUUUGUUUUAAUGCAACCGUUGCUGGCAAUGGAUGCGAUGACUACGAGAGCAAAAGGAUAGUUGUUCUAAAACUACAUGUGGAGUUCCGUAAUUGCAGUAUUUAAGCAUUUUGCACUCUAGGAAGUGUGCUGGUGCGUGUUUGUUUUAUAAACAAAGUCUAAGUGAAGUUAUUAAAACUUAAAGCUUCAAGUGCAUUGAUUACACACAGGCUUUUUUGAAAUGCUAAAGGUGGAAUUUCAUCAGGAGAAACCUCCUUAGUCCACUGAGAAUGUAAAGCUACACAGUGUUCUUGCUCAGUGUGUAUCUAGGGUCCAAGGAUGAUGAUUCUCUUGUGUUUCUGUCCCUUCCAUAUCCACCAAUUCUCCCCACCCAUGAUCACAUCAUAGUUUCUUCAAGAGAGAAUAAAUUAAGUUUUAGUAAGACAACUGUUAGUCUGCCAACUGCCUCUUAAUUCUGUUCUGUUUCCUGUCUGCUACAUUCUCUCCAGUUCACACAUUUGCAUCUUCAGAAAUUAACGUUCAAGAUCUGAAUUCCUAUCUUGUGAAAAUCAAGCAUACAGAUUUGCUGUUAACUUGCAAUUUUUGGAGGGGAAAAAGAGGAGGAGAGAGGGUAUUAAGGGGACGUGUAAUUGCUGAAAUACAAAAUUAGCAAUGAAAGUUAACAGAUGUCUUUUUCUAAGCAUCUAUUUUUAAAGACACAAAGCAGUCUGAAACAGAACCGCCACUAUAUACAGAUGAUUGGAGGGCAAAACAAUCACACAGCAGAAUGCCUCAGGGAAUGUUACUGAAGUGGAUGCUAGUCCUUGGUAAAACAAAACCGACUUUUCUACAGUACAUUAAGCUACUACCUGAGACUAUGUUACACAUUUGACUCUUCAUUUCAGGAUUCCUGAUGAAUAUUCUAAGUUUCAGCCUGGAAAGAAGAAACUAUAAGGAAGAGUUUUACUGUAUACCAAAUACACCUAAACCUAAAAGCUGCAAAGCCUGUGUUCAUGUAAAGUAUUAUACUUUGAAGUCUGUUGGUUCCUGGUUGCAAUUAAAUACUGUUGUUUUAGUUGGUUUUUAGCUAUUUCUGCCUACACUGACUAGGAAACAUGUAGCUAUAUAUAUAUAUACACACACACACACAUAUAUAUAUAUAGUAAAAUCUGGUUGUACAAAUUGCAUAUACAUGAGCUGUAUAUUUUAAUCUCUAAGAUGUUUUAUAUGGAAAACUUCCUUUUGGGGAUCAGGUCUAUAGAAGGAGUGGUCAAAAAAUAUAACAGGAAAAGCCACUUUGAAAAUGUCAUUGUUCUGAAGAUAAUGGUGACUGAUCCCAUAUAGCAGAAAAUGUGGUUACGUUGUUCUUGGACAGUAUUUAUUUGGGACACACUCUACCACAGAAUAGUACUAGAGAGAUGUUUGACAGUUAUGCUUGAAAGACUAAUCUGUCUAAAGUAUGGGUUGUUGAAAUAGCUGAUCUGUUCCAUUAGUUGCUGCAUGAAGUGUUCUCUUUAACUCAUAAGAGCCAGGAAGUUAUUAAAAGUGUCACUGUUGCUUUUGCCUUUAGUAGUCUUCUGGCUUCCAUGUUCCCUUGCCUUAUUUAUCUAGUCUGUGCUCCUUGGCAAAGCUCUCUCUGUUUAGUUUCAGUACUUCUAUGAACUCCUGGAACUCUCACCUGAAAAAUUUCAGUGAGGCUGUAGGUGCUGGAUUCUCUACCCAUCAGUCAGUGGCUGGGUUACUGUCCACUGGCUUUUCCUUGGCUACAUACCAUCCUACUCUGAGACGGCACCUGCAUGUGCUCAGAUAUGUCAAUAAAGGUGCAACAGAGGCAUCUCCUAGGCAAUACAAGGUAAAAUUCCUACCUGUAGGUUGUGGCCAGGCAGCUAUUAAAAUGGCCUGGAGAAUACUUACAUAACUUGAGCAGAAGGUAUGAGAACCUACCAUUGGCUGCAGAUGGAAGAGGAAGUCUGGCCAUUGCCUCCAGGUAGCUCAGGUGAUGUUUUCCAGUAGAGCUGUUAGCCAGGCAAGAGGGGACUUGCACAAAAAGGCAAUAAUAAUACUACAACACCCUCAACUUCCUCGCUUUCUACAAAGUUUGAGGCUUUCCUUCUAGCCCCAUUAUCACUCUAAACCUGAAAGCAGUUGCAAGUGAUGUUCCCUCCUGAACAAGCACAAACCUAGCUGCCAAUGAGACCAGUUUGAAUGUCUAGAUUUUUUUCCCUCUAUCUUUAGAUUUAUUUUCUAGUUUUCUUAAUGUGUUACUUUUAUAUGUCUUCCAUGUGUGUCAUCUUUCUCCCUUCACACAAAACCCCCCCAUCCAUCCCAGCACUUAGAUGUAUUGUGUACUACCUAAAGUUCUGGCUACCUUACCUCUUCUUGCCUAAACUCAGAAAACUGUGGAAGAGCUAUGGCCAGAGGGGAGAGUUGGACUUGGUUACCAUAUUAAGUUUUCUAGAUGAAUAAUCACGUAUCAAAAUACCCAUUCUUUUUCACAACUCCAAGUCCCAUUACUUUAGGAUGCAUAUUCUGUUAGCAGAAGUGAAUAAAAAAAUAGCUGGAUAUAAAUGAACUGCUUGGCUUCUUCCCUUCCUAUCUUCUGGCCUUUGACUGGACAUGGUAAGACAUGUGAACUCUUCUGUGGUCCAGCAAGGGACUGCACAGCAGAAAAUACCUGGAGGGAGUUUAAAUGCAUUCCUGUGCAUGCUUCUUGCUGACAAAUACUGUUUUAAAUGCAGGCGGUGCUUUACAGCCUCCAUUUUGUACUGCUUUAUAUGACUGCAAAACCAUAAAUAGUUUUGCAGAUGUGAUUACAUAGUUAGUUUAUUGCUUAUCAGUUAAGAGGGCAGAGAUGUCUUCUAAUUCAGAAAAAAAAAAAAAAAAAGCGCAUUGGUUUUGACAGCUGAGUUGUCUUUUAAUUCAAAAAGUGCUGUUUUAUGGUGUACUGCAAUGGAUUGGAGCUAAUCUGGCAAUGUAAAUGAAAUGUUAUGGAAACUACCCCAAUUUUUUAUUUCAUUUCCUCUCAGGAGUAUACAGCCAAAGUGUUUUCACUAUGGAAGGAAAAUUACAAAAUAACUUUAUACAAGGGUAAGAAACUGGUUUUAGCCUUCAAAAUAUGUUGUAGCCUGCAGUUUAAAGCACUUACCACUGUUAAAUGUAAUGCCCAAAGAUUCCAGUGACUUGAGCACCCAACUUUUGUGUUUAAUGCAUUUGGGACCCUUCCAAUCGGUUCUCUAUUUUUUUAAUACAGUGAAUGUACCCAUAAAUUAAUAGUACUUACUUAAAUGAUUGCUUUAUGGUUUGGCGCUUAAGUAUUGCUAACAAUGGCCUUAACCUGUGAAUAGGAAAACACACAGAAAAUAGGGUUCCUGGCAGCCUAUAAAAACUUCAAAUUCUAGAAUGCAUAAACUUCCAGAAUGAGGCAGAAAAACUGCACCCCCAUGUGAUUGCUCCUACUCUGCUAGUCAUUUUUAGAAAUGGGGGCUUAAAUCUGUAGAAAAUGGAACAAAUCAUUGCACUGCUAAAUGUUGUUUAUUUGAACAUAGAGGGUAAAGAGGCAAAGGUAUGAGCUAAAGGUGUGCCCUGCACAUUACCAGGGAAAAAAAAGAAAAAAAAAGCCCCAAGAAACCCCAACCCCACAGUGCUACAUCAGAUUGCUUGUCUUUUGGUGUGGGACAUAAUUGGAAAAAAUACAGAUAUGUAUGUUCAGUAAAGGUCUUUCUAUUAUCUGUGAUACUGACUCUGUGCUCUUGAAAACAUAGUACAGUGUUUUUACAAAACAGCCUGUGAGAUUUCCUUAUAAGCAAGUACUGUGUGUAACAGAAAUUACUCAUAAAUGGUUCAUUUCAAUGUACUUACUUUUCUUGUGCACUUUAUACUCCACUGAAUAGAUGAACAUAGUCACGAUGAUCCCUAUUGAUAGGCUGUUUAAUAGGAUGCUGAGGCACAAUAUGCUGCAAAAUGGAUUUUUUAAGAUUUCAGAACUGACUUGGUGUAAAAAGCAGCUUGAAAGCUUUGUGUAUUUUUACUACUGUAACAAAGCAUGUUCUUCUGAUGUUUUGCUAAUAAACAUCCCAUGUUUUGUGCACAAA